AUGUGCACUAAUCGAUAUGUACAACAAGAUUCUGGAUAUAGUGAAGAAGCUUUAGAUCUCUACUAUGAGAUGCAAGAUUCUGGUGUUAAAAUGGAACACUUCACUUUCUCAAUGAUAGUAAGAGUGUGUACACGAUUAGCUUCAUUAGAACACGCCAAACAAGCACACACAGGCCUCAUCUGCCAUGGUUUUGGUCUAGACAUAGUUGCCAACACUGCACUUGUUGACUUCCACAGUAAAUGGGGAAGAAUCGAUGAUGCACGCAAAGUGUUUGAUAAAAUGCCUCACAAGAACUUUAUAUCAUGGAACGCGUUAAUUAUUGGAUAUGGUAAUAAGGGGAGAGGAAUUGAAGCGUUAGAGUAA